GCCCGACAUGGGACUUCACGGCCGACCCUCUUUUUUUUACGACGCUCUCUCUCUUUCUCUCUCUGUACUUCUUCGCUGACAUCUUGCGGUCUCCAAGAACAAUACAGCAAGGAAAGGGACCCAAUGCGAAUCUCGGCGACGGCGUGACAGCGUAUGUGCAUAUCCACAUACCCGAUACGGAACAUUCAUUCAGUGGACGCGGCCGUUAUGCGCAGGUAGCAAGCAGCAGGUUAGCUCAUCGCACCAAGCUUCCCACCCUUCUUCUUCCGCCAUUCCCGGUUCUCCGGGACGACCUACCACCCCCUUACUUAACACAACCCAAACCACAAAAAGUCACCGCGAUGCCUGGCCCUUCUCCUUUGGAGGAUGACUUGUUCUCCGAUCAUCAGUCUCCGAGGCCAUUCGCCUCUCCGCCGACCAUCAUCACCACCCGCCCCUCCUCCGACAAUGACGAGGCCGAUGACGACUACGACGGCGCCGCCCGCCCAGACCAAGACACCCGGCCCGCCUGGGCCCCACUCCCGCACCCGACACCCGCCGGCGCCCGCCGGCUCUCCUCCCAUCGGGCGACCGGCAGCAUCGGCAGCAUCUCCACCGCCGCCGCGCGGCAGAAACAGGAGGAGGCUGCCCCGUUCCUCGCCACCGCCCUAGCCGCCCUGUCGAGCCUCUACGCCCACUACGUCCGCUUCUACCGCUCGCUCCCGCUCUACCAGCGGAUCCUCCUGGCGGUGGCGGGGGCGGCCGCGCUGGCGACGGCCGUGCUGUUCCUGGCCUACGGGCACGCGAUCCUGUCGGCGCUCGGCACGGCCGCGCAGGCGUGGCGCGCGGCGGCCGGCGGGUGGGGGUGGCUGCCGGUGUGGCUGGCGACGGCGGCGACGGCGUUCCCGCCGCUGGUGGGCUACUCGACCUGCGUCACCCUGGCCGGGUUCGUCUACGGCUUCCCGCUGGGCUGGCCCGUCGCCGCGACCGCCACCGUCGCCGGCUCCGCCGCCGCCUUCCUCGCCGUCGCCCGCGGGCCCCUGCGCGCCCGCGUCCACCGCCUCGUCGGCCGCGACCGCCGCUUCGUCGCCCUCGCCCAGACCCUCCGCCACGACGGCCUCGCCGUCCUCGUCAUGAUCCGCCUCUGCCCCCUCCCCUACAGCCUGAGCAACGGCUUCCUGGCCACCGUCGGGAGCAUCGAUCUCGGCAGGUUCACGCUUGCUACAGCAGCAGCAACGCCAAAGUUGCUCGUGCACGUCUUCAUCGGCUCGCGGCUUGCCCUGCUGGCCGAGUCGGGCGAUAAGAUGAGCUGGGGUGACCGCGCCGUCAACUACAUCAGCAUGCUCGUCUUCGGCCUGAUCGGGUUCGCCGUCGGCGUCUUCAUCUACCGGCGGACCAUGGCGCGCGCGGCCGAGCUGGCGCGCGAGGCCGAGGCGGAGAACGGUGAUCCGCUCCUCGAUGGUGCCAGCGGCGACUUAGAGCAGGGAGUCGUCGCCGGCGACGACCUGGAGAACGGGCGGAUGGUUGACCCGGACGAGCUGGAUGCCGCCGUCCUCAUGGAUGACGAUGACAUCUCGCUAUGGGACACGGCGGGCGGCGACGGGUACCGUGAUAGCUGGGACGACGAGCCGGCAGGCACCGGCAUAGGGGCAAACGGUCAUGCUAACGGAGGUACAAACGGCGCAAAGAAAUAGUUCGAGGGGCUAUGCGCGGUGUAGUGCGUGUGUGUCCGUGCUUGGUUGCUGCAUACGGCGGCGUUUGGAUGGGCAGGCGUUGAGCAGGGUUGGGGCAUAUGGAGAAAUAGACGGUCUCUCUGGGAACGCAAUAUAACAAUCCUUGCCAAUCUUGGGACGAUGUUAAAGACACUGUUUCUUUUCCCAAUUCAACCUUCAUUCGGUAACCGUGAAUGAUAGAAAUUCCUUCCAACAGCUAAGUGGUAUCUUCAAUAUUUCCCCUUCCCCCAUAACGCCUUGCUCGCCAUGCCAUGAAACCCAAAAAAAA